AUAACCUGCACCUCCCCCUCCCCCAGCGUCUUCGUCCUCGACUUCUCCCACGGCAAGCAGAACCGCGUCACGACCCCCUUCCUGGAAGCGUUCUCGGAGGCGCUCGACAGGCUGGAGCGGGAGGAGAAGACAGGAGUGGUUGUGUUCACGAGUACCGCAAACCAGAAAUUUUUCAGCAAUGGGUUCGAUCUAGAGCACGUGGGGGAGAACCCGGAUAUCGUGGAGAGGGCGGUGCUGCCGUUGUUGCGGAGGUUGAUGGUGUAAGAUUAACAAAUUUCCUCUUUACUUUUAUGCUCAGAAUCUUCAUCUUGUGUUUUCCUAUUUUCUUUCUUUUUGGUUGUUUGACGACUGACCAUUUCCCCCAGCUAUCCCAUGCCCACUAUCGCCCUCCUAAACGGCCACGCCUUCGGCGCCGGUGUCUUCAUCGCCAUGGCCGCCGACUACCGCGUGCAAAACCCCUCUCGCGGCUUCUUCUGCCUCCCCGAGGUCGACAUAGGCCUCCGCAUCCCGCCGCCCAUUGCCACCAUGAUCCGGCGCAAGAUGGCGCAUCCGCACGCGUACCGCACCGCCGCGCUGGAGGGGAAGCGUCUCGGUGGGAAAGAGGCGCUCGAUUUGGGGAUCGUGGAUGUGUUGGGUGGGAUGGAGGAGUGUGUGGGGUUGAUUGAGGAGAGGGGGUUGGUGGCGAAGUCUGAGGGGGGCGUUUAUGGGGUGCUGAAGAGGGAUGCGUAUAGUGAUGUUCUGGAGGGGUUUGAGGUGGGGAAGGAGGGCGAGAAGGCGAAGUUGUAGGGGGAUGGAUGUUGUGUGUUGCUGAAGUGCAUCGUUGCUAUGCUAGUGCUCUAAUUGAGCAGUGGUCAUCUGUGAAGC